ACAGACAUGGCUUACCAAUAUGAAGAUGAUAACCAGAAUGAAAUGGAGGAAGAAGAGAAUGAAGAAUACAAUGUGGGCAAAAAGAAAUCAAAUGUGCUGCCCAUUUGGGGUAAUGACAAAACCAUGAAUCUUAACACUCUCUUAUUAACUAACAUUCAGUCAUCUCAAUAUUUUAAAGUGAAGUUAUACGCUUUGAAGACAUAUCACGAGGUGCUGGAUGAGAUAUAUUACCAGGUGUCUCACUUGGAGCCCUGGGAGAAAGGAAGCCGUAAGACGUCUGGUCAAACAGGCAUGUGUGGAGGGGUGCGAGGCGUGGGUGCUGGGGGCAUUGUCAGCACCGCCUUCUGCAUCCUCUACAAGCUCUUCACCCUCCGCCUCACCCGCAAGCAGGUCAACGGGAUGCUCAACCACACCGACUCUCCUUACAUCCGGGGACUCGGCUUCAUGUAUCUCAGGUAUAUGAUGAUAAUCAAUUUAAUAAUUGAGCCUUUGUUCCAGACGAUGGACGUGCGCGCGGGAGGCGGGCAGAACAUGAGCAUCGGGGAGCUGGUGCGCGCGCUGCUCACCAAACUGGAGUGGCACGCCACACUCUUCCCGCGCAUACCCGUGCCCAUACAGAAGACCAUAGAGAAGCAACUGGCAGACCGUGAUGCCCAGGCGAUGCAGUCACAGCAACACAACUGGCGGGACAAUGGCCACUAUGCCAAAGAAAGAGCUGACCGGAAAGAAGGAGGCAGCAACCGCGCGUCUCUCGAACGCCUGCGUCUCAGCCACAGCAAGAGCCGCAGCCGCGCCAACUCCCACGACUCGGGACGACGGCAGUCCCGGAACCGGGACACUGAGCGACGGGACUCCCGGAACCGGGACACUGAGCGACGGGACUCCCGAAACCGGGACACUGAGCGACGGGACUCCCGAAACCGGGACACUGAGCGACGAGACUCCCGAAACCGGGACACUGAGCGACGGGACUCCAGAAACCGGGACACUGAGCGACGGGACAGAGAUUAUGACAGGCGAGACAGAGACUCGGGUAGGCGGGACAAAGAUUCUGACAGGCGAGACAGAGAUUCUGACAGGCGAGAAACAUGUACUCGGGCCGCUACAUCCGCAGCAGAGAUCGCUACAGACGGUAGAACGUCCCCCGCCUGCCCUGGUGCCGCCCACUGCGUUGAAACUCACCGUUGA